AUGAUGAGUUUUACGCAAACCGCGCCGCAAACGUCGGCUUUUUUUACCGGCGCGUCUAAGAUGAUGAACGCCUCUCGAAGACAAUCAUCAAAGACGUCAUCCAGCUCAUCGUCUCAUCAUCAGAGAGCAGCGGCGGUGAGAUUCAACACUAUCGUUCGCGCGGAGGGCGAAGAAUCUUCUUCUAAACCGUCUGAAACGCCAAUCGCACCGGCUGGGACGCCAGUCAGAAAGACGUCCAUGUUGGUCAUUGGUGCCACGGGGACUUUAGGUCGCCAAGUCGUUCGAAGAGCUUUGGACGAAGGCUACGACGUGAGGUGUUUGGUGAGACCGAGACAGAACCCGGCGGAUUUUCUCAGAGAUUGGGGAGCGACCACGGUUUCAGCGGAUUUGACGAAACCAGAAACGUUACCGCCUGCGUUUGUUGGGAUUCACACGAUCGUGGACGCGUCCACGGCGAGACCGGAGGAGGACUCGUACGCCAUCGACUGGGAGGCCAAGAAGAAUACGAUUCAAAUCGCCGCCGCGAUGGGCAUCCAAAAGUACGUCUUUUAUUCCAUCGACAAAUGCGAAAAGUACAGAGACGUGCCGUUGAUGAAUAUGAAGUAUGCGGUUGAGGAGUAUUUAAAAGCGAGUGGGAUGAACUUUGUCGUGUUGAGACUGUGCGGGUUUAUGCAGCCGUUGAUUGCGGGCUACGCCGUGCCGGUGCUGGAGGAGCAAUCUCUGUGGGGUACCGACGACGACACGAAAACGGCGUACUUGGACACGCAAGACGUGGCACAAAUGACCAUGGCAGCGGUGAGAAGAGAAGAAGCGAAUGGGAAGGUGUUGACGUUAGCCGGGCCAAAAGCGUACACGGUGAACCAAGUCAUUCAACUUUGCGAAAAGUUAGGCGGUAACGAAGCCAAGGUGAGCAAAGUGCCGGUGCUUUUGUUGAAAUUCACGAGAGGCUUGACGAGAUUUUUCCAGUGGACAUCGGCGGCUUCGGACCGUUUGGCGUUUGCGGAAGUCUUGAGCUCGGGCGUGGAAUUUAACAGCGAUAAGAUGGCGGAGACGUACGAAAUUUUAGGCAUGGACGAAAGCGAAACGACAACUUUGGAGCAAUACAUGGAGGAAUACUUCUCGAAGAUUUUGAAAAAGUUGAAAGAAGUUGGCGGAGAGAGUAGACAGAGAGAUUUUUAUUUGUAA